UGUGAGUUUCAUCAAGGGUAAAGAAAACCAAAUUAACUUCCACUUAAACGCAUAAAAUAGUAACCGGCGAGGACCCACUACAAAGCGAAACUGGCACCUCCACUUCCCGUCACGAUGCCUGCUCUGCUGGAGAGACCGAAGCUGUCCAACGCUAUGGCAAGGGCCCUGCAUAAACAUAUAAUGAGGGAGAGAGAGAGGAAGAGACAGGAAGAGGAGGAGGUGGACAAGAUGAUGGAACAGAAAAUGAAGGAGGAGGAAGAAAGGAAAAGGACGAAAGAGAUGGAGGAGAGAAUGUCGUUAGAGGAGACAAAAGAGCAGGUUCAGAAGAUGGGAGAAAAACUACAGAGCUUGCAGGAGGAGAAGCAUCAACUUUUUCUGCAGCUGAAGAAAGUCCUCCACGAAGAGGAGAAGAGACGCAGAAAGGAGCAAAGUGACAUAACAACAUUGACGUCGGCCAGUUACCAGCCUAGUUUACCCAUGCAUUCUGGACAGCAUCUGCUCAGCAUGCAGGGCAGUCCAGUCAGUCAUAGCAGGCCGAGCGGUCUGCUGGGAGAGCGUAACAAGCAGUUGUUUCCGACUCCUGUUAUCCCUAGUCGGCAUUUCCCUGGCCAGCCUGGGUUCAGCUCUGGCUCCUCUGAGCACGGCCAGUUCUCAGGCAGCCCUGCGGUCCAUGAGCCUUACUCUGUCUCUCAGGCCCAGCACCCCUCCACCUACGGCCCCAGCCCCUCUGUACCCAUCAGCUUCGCCAGCAGCACUCAGAUCAGAGGUGCAUCAGCAUUCCAGACUAUGCAGUAUCUGCCUCAUCAGCCGCAGGGCUAUGCUGUACACAGUCACUUCCCCUCACAGCCAGGAUUCAUUCCCAGUGCUGGGAUACCUCUGCAGAAACAGCUGGAACACGCCAACCAGCAGUCUGGCUUCACUGAUUCGGGUGCUCUGAGGCCCAUGCAUCCACAGGCCCUGCAUGUGAGUGCUGCUGGCCUGUUGCCCACUCCUUCCAUGCCUGUGCAGAUACCCACUGCCAAGGCACCUUUUCAGAGCUCUCCCCAACCUGCUCCUCGCCACGCUUUCCUCUCCCACCCCCAGGCCGGACAGAGGUUUUAUCACCAUAGCAAGUAACCAAGGGUUACUCUCCACCAAUCAGAAUUUGGUGCCAGAAAGAGUUACCGCAGUCCCAGUUGACCUGAGUCUGAAGUUCUGUUAUCAUAGCAGUUGUCCAAAGUUACAGCCAACUUACCCAGAGAUUUGGUCACCAUUUUGCAAGUAACAAAGGUUGACCUCCACUCAUUUCCCGGUUUCAUUUGGCGUUAUGUAACAGAGUUAAACCAAAAUGGGACAACCAUUGUAACACACAACUAAAAAGUCACUCUGAAUUUGGAGAUGAUGAUCAACUUUUCAGCUGGUUUGUUAUUAUUCCAAAGCUGCUAAAUGGAGAUUGUCUGACCAAAGUUAGUAAUGUUUUUAGUACUGUAAAAAAAUAUCCUGGUCAAUACAUUAUAGAUGAUCCCAGAUCUUGGAAAAAAGAUUUCCAUAAUAUCCAGUCAUUAAGUCCACAUUCAAAUGUUUUUUGUUGUUUUUUUUUUUACCCUCAAAUCAAGAUCCUAA